AUGGCAGAUGACUAUGAUUAUGAACACGUGAAGACGUUUCCUACCUAUGGAAGUAAAUUACAAGAACUUGAACGUUUUUCUAACAUAAGCUAUAAUACAAAUGAUCCAAUUGCAAUGUGGUGUAUGAAGAAUAUUCAUUCACAUGGAAAAUUUUUCUUCAUUGAUUUGUGUAUAACCCUUAAUAAAUAUUUUCAGUAUUAUGAUAAACUUAAACCUGUUGAUAGUAAACACUGUGAAUACUUAAGCUACUGGUUAAAUAAUAAAAGCAAACUUCAUAAUGCAUUACCACUAUAUAAAAAUAUACUAGAUGGUGAUAAUUCCUUAAAUAUAUUUGAUAAACGAAUUCCAAAUAUAGACGCGUGCAAGUCUAAACUAGUCAAUUUGUCGAAUGAAGUAGUUAAGAAUAUUAAUAAGUUAAACAAUUUGAAUGAACAGUAUCUUUUUUUAAUAACUAAGCAUAAAAUUGGUUGGAGUACCCACGAUGAACUGUGCAGUUAUGCCGAAAAAUUUGCAGAAUUAUAUAAUAGUGCUAUUAUGGAGUGUUUUAAAGAUUUUAACAAUAAAUAUUGUAAGGAGCUAAUAGAAUUUAAAGUUAGAUUUAAUAAAUACAAAUCGUUUACAGAUACAUGUACCCUCAUACAGCCCUUACGUUCCAUACCUGGAGCAAUGUCUCAGGAAUUAGAUGCAAUAAAAAAUAUUCGCAUAUAG